CAUAUAUAUCUAAAGACCUACAAGAAUGAGUCGAAAAUUACUAUUAACUCUAUUUAUAGCACUAUUUUUGCUACAGAUUGCAGAUUGCAAGAAAUCAGGAGGAACGAAAAGCGGAACCAAAGGAUGUACGUAUUUAUUUAUUUAAGUUAAAGCAUCAUCAUCAUCUUCAAAGCCUUCUUCAUCAUCCUCUACUUCGAAAGGAUCAUCAAAAGUAUAUGCUGGAGAAUCAGAAGUUAGUCCAUUAGUUGAAUUUUUAGCUGGGAUUAUAUUAUUCAUUUUGGCAUUUCCUAUCUUAUGGCUAAACGAAUACAAGUAUACUAUUAAUAAAUCUAAAGAGCUGCUGAGAAUGAAGUAAAUUUAGAAAGGGCAGAGAAGGAAUGUGUUUCAACCAAUUGUCUUGAAGUCAAUCCUAAUUUAGAGAAAAGGUUAGUCCACAUAAAUGGUCAGACAAGAACUAAUGAAAUUCUUAAAGAUGAAGAUUUUGGGGUUGAGGUGGAUAAUUGUUUGGUUCUGAAACGCAAAGUUGAAACUUAUUAAUGGAUCAGAAAAGAAGAGACUGAAGGAGUUGGCAAGGAUAAAAAAGUCAAAGUAUUCUUUGUCCCUGAAUGGUCUGCAAUUAAGCAUGAAAGUUAUGAAAACUUCUCAAAUAACGAAUCGGACUGGACAGUCAAAAAGAAAUCUAAAUACUCUAAGGAGGUUUAUUUAGGAGUUUAUCUACUUACAAAAUUCUAAUUAAAGUAAGCUAGAAACUUUUAAGUCAUUCAACCAUCACAAGAAUGGGUCAGUGCUUGUUAACAAGCAUUCCCUAAAAAAACCCAAGAAUAUGUGUAAGACUAUAAUCUAUUAUCAACCUAGUAAAAUAGAGGACGAGUAUGUUUAUUUUAACAAAGUAAAUGGCAACUUCACAGUAGGAGAUCAAAGAAUUAAAUUUUAAAAGGUGAAGUGUGGAGAUGCAACAGUUGUAUCUCAAUAAAAGGGCAACACCUUUGAACCAUACUCAUUACAUGUUAAUGAAAGCAAAUUGCUUAACGAUUACGAUGAUAAAGGGAGCGAUCAUUCUAUCUAUGUUGGAUAAGAUUUAUCGUAGAUUUUAAAGGAGAAAGAUGAUGAAAAUGCACUAUAACGUUAGCUCAAACAUUUAUUAGAACCAAUUAAAUACAUUGAUUGGUUAAUAGAAAAAGUCUUAACAAUUCAUGAAGUAUUUGAUCAUAAGCUCAAGGAAUCCCGUAAAUUGACCUAUGCUGUUAGGUUUUUAGGACUUCUACUAAUGGUAUGGAUAAUUCAAUUAUAUUUAGUUCUUUGGCUUAAUGUUAUUCUUUUCACCUGUUGUCUAUGUAAUUUCAUGGUUCCCUCUUCUGGGUCGAUUCAUGGCUGAAUUGUCUACCUUAAUGUUUGCUAUUGUUAGUUUCUUCAUAUCUGUACCCUUGACUUUAAUAACAAUUGCCUUGGCUUGGCUCAGGUUUCAUCCAAAACGAGCCCUCCUAAUAUUUGGAAUAGGGUUCCUAAUUGGUUUUUCAGUUUGGGUUAUUGUUUCCAAAAAAGGUUCCCAUUAAUAUUAAGAGGAAUAUGAUAAUUAUUGA